GCGAAGCAGAUCGGCCACGUGUGGGGAGUGGGCGGCCAGGCGUGGGCCUUGAUGGAAUGGGGCCCUUAGCAGAUCCUGUGUCACAGAACAUGUGAGCUUAGGGGCCGCGGAGCCUGAGGAGUGGCGGGGCCUUGGCACCUGUCCAGAAGGUCUCCUGUGCGGCGCAAUGGGGAGAAGGCGUGAAUAAGGCAAUGGAUCCAAAGUUCCUGCCUCUUGGGACUUCGUGAAGAUUCUGGGGGUGAUAGGGAGACUUUGGCUGCAAAUGAUAAAGACACAGGGAGCUCACGUCAUCUCCCAGGUGACUCCUGUGGGACUAUAGUGUUUAGGUGUCCCGCAGGUCUUGAGCUGUCUCUCCAGGGGCCUGGCUGUUCUUGUAGUUCUUGCUCUAGUUGCUCAUCCCUAUUUCUGUUGGGGUUUUUCUGCUUCAUUCCCUCUUGGGAGGGGCAGUGAGGCCUCUGCCAGAUAUCUAGCUCUGAUUGGUCUUUUUGGGUCAAGAGUUUGCCCCUGAUCAGUCAGUCAUGGGCAAAUAGGUGGGGUUCUGUAGGGUGAAUAAGGAUGACACUCACUAGAUAUGUCUGAGGCAGAACAGUGAGGCAUAGUCAUUAAGGGACCCUUUUCCGAAGCCUCGGCACUUCUCAUAAUGUCAUCUCAGAAGCCGGAGCCCUGUGCUGAUAAAAGGUUUGGAAUCCUGAGACCAGUCAAGCAGACAGGCACCGCCCCCUGAAAGAAGCCCCAUGCAGGAUGGUGGGUGCCAGACCCCUAGCUUCUCUCUGCCUCUGACUGAGAAGUGGCCCUUCCACACCUGAGGAAGGGACUGGACUGAGCAGGAAGAGGCUCCCUGGAGAAGAUGGACUUGAGCUUGGCCUAGAACUGGGAAUCUCAACUCUUCAUCCCAUGGUCAUUCAGAUUCUAGGAGAUAAGUUUCCAUGCACUUUGGUGGCACAGAAAAUUGACCUGCCGGAGUACCAGGGAGAGCCUGAUGAAAUUUCCAUACAGAAGUGUAAGGAGGCGGCGCGCCAGGUGCAGGGGCCUGUACUGGUGGAGGACACCUGUCUGUGCUUCAACGCCCUUGGAGGCCUCCCUGGCCCCUACAUAAAGUGGUUUCUGGAAAAGUUGAAGCCUGAAGGUCUCUACCAGCUCCUGGCUGGGUUUGAGGACAAGUCAGCCUACGCCCUGUGCACGUUUGCGCUCAGCACUGGGGACCCGAGCCAGCCGGUGCGCCUGUUCCGGGGCCGGACUACGGGCCAGAUUGUGGCACCCCGAGGCUGCCGGGACUUUGGCUGGGACCCCUGCUUCCAGCCUGAUGGAUACGAGCAGACGUAUGCAGAGAUGCCCAAGGCUGAGAAGAACACCAUCUCCCAUCGCUUCCGGGCCUUGCACGAGCUGCAGAAAUACUUCAGCAACCUAACUCCUCCUGGGGCCGGUGAUGACCACUGUGGCCCAGGGUCCUGAACCCCUCCGGCCCAUCAGACAGACAUGCCUCCAAGGACUUCCUUCCGGGGUACCACUUCCUGGGGGUGAGAUCAGCCCUGUCUGGAGGAGCAGCUGGCUCUGCUUGGAGAAAUGUAGGACAAGGGACAUUAUUCUCUUGCCCUUGGGGAUUCAGUGGUCUUUCCCACAGCCUCCAGGCCUGGGGCCCUAAAAAGACCUGGCAUGUUAAACUGGCCCUAGGCAGGAUGAAGUUUUGGGGAAGAACCAUACAAACAGCCUUAGGUGAUUUUACAAUGCAGCAAAUAAAGUUUGUAAGGUACUUGCUUCCAAAAUAAACGGGAUAUAUCUGUGUUGAAACCUGCUCCAGGCGGGCAUGUCUCCUGAA